GAAGUGUCACGAAGGAGAGUUCUUUUUAUUGAAAUUAUUCCGGAACCCAUCGAUCACAAUCGCGAAGAAGAAGAAGCCAAAUGGUGUCGUCGGUUUUCUUCAAAUAAAGAAAUUAAAAAUUGACUUUUUUAAAUUUAAGAAAAAACUUGCACUUGUUUUAUUUGUGACAGUAAUCGAUGUAAUAAAAACAGUGGUUGAAAAUAAUCAGAGUAAUUGAGGAAGAUGAAAGUGUUUUAUGUCUGCGCACAAGUAGAGCAUUUCUUUUCUUUCUCUAAAGACCAGAAUAGAGUGGCUUGUUAUUUCAAAAAUGAUUCAAAUAAUGAUAAUAUUAAAUGUAAAUCGACGUAACAAUAUCAUAUUACAAUAGUUGUUACGUAUAAUUUUAUGUAGCCUCGAUAGUAUCGAACGCAUGAUGACGUCAAUUGGCUUUUUCCUACCAUGAGUCCGUUUGUUACGAGUCAUAUUAAAUCAGGUCGUAAUUGCUUAUUUUUUUGUGUUACAAUGUCAAGUGUCAUGUUUACACGAGUCAAAGUGUAAAAAGUCUUUGUAACAUACCACGGCAUUAAGUGCAAUCGUGCGCCGAUACGUUUAUAAUUAUAUCUAAUCUUACGUAUGGAUUAGAAACAUAUGAUUAUCAUGCAAAUAGUGUCAUUACCGAGAUGAAGAAGCUACUAGAUUGCUUUAUAUUACUUUUCCACAAUUAGCUUCUUUUUGCUUAUAUUCCAACGUAACGCUAUUGCGAGAGAUCUUUCACACAGCCGAUGAUAUUUUGUGUUACUACGAGAUGUGUAACUCUUAUAGCGAGUGAUGUAAACUUUACAAAGUGACUCGGUUUGAAUUUUAAUGACGUAUUCUCCGAAGCCGAAGACCAUGUGACACUUCUAGAGCCGGUAUAUCGUACGAGCGAUGACAAUUAAAAGACCGGGGUUCUGGAAGCAAUUAAAUGAAGAGAAAUAAACAACAUGACUCGCUUCGAGUACGAAACUAAGAGCCUCGACGUUGGCUAUAAGGAGGUUUCGCUUAGCCGGCCUCCGGGUCUCCACGAGCCGCGACGUCGCGAACGGAAAUAGCUUCGUCGACGUCGAUGGAAAUACGUUAUGUAAAUCCGCGUUUCCUGCCGGCUUUCAUUCUUCUUAUGCCCCCACAUUCUAUGCUAAUAGUGAUGAACGUCUGCGAACCGGUCGCCGAUCAGGAAAUAGAGAGCGACGACGCCACGAAACGUCGCCGUCGCGACGCUUUUCUUCCUUACUUCUUCCUCUCUCUCUUUCUCUUCCUCCCCUUCUCUCGUCUCGUCUUCCACCUCUCUUCUUCAGAAUCCUCUUGCUUGUGCCACGUCCACGUUGUAAGAAGCCGACGUGUAACUGUAAUCUGGAGCUAUUAUCUUCCGUCGUUCUACAUCGGCGAGCCGAUCGUUAGUCGAGGCAAAGCGUUAUAUAUCAAGGAUCGAUUUUCGACGAAGUUAGCGGUAGAUCUGAGGCGUGUUAUGAAAUUGCUGCCACCGAUUCAGAUAUCGCAGCUACCGCCGGUUUCCGCCGCAGGCGGAAUGGCCGGAAUGGAGCCUCGAUUGCCCCCGGCUGCUAUAUUGCCCUUCAGUCCGGACUGGGCCCUUUGGAGGGCUCAAUAUGGACCCUCGAUGGGUUUCCCGCCUACGACGCAUCCACCGCCCAGUCCCCUUUUGGACUUUAAAACUCAUCUACCAACGAGUUUAGUGUCCGACCCUAGACUGUGGUCGCGGGAGGAUGUAGCGGCGUUCCUGCGGUGGGCUGAACGGGAAUUCGACCUGCCACCGUUCGACAUGGAUGUGUUCCAGAUGAACGGCAAAGCCUUGUGCCUGCUGACCAAGGCCGAUAUGGGCGAGAGGUGUCCGAGCGCCGGCGACGUGCUGCACAACGUGCUGACCAUGCUGGUGCGCGAUUACAAUCAGCUACAGAGAUGCCUGCCGAGCAGUCCGGUGACACCGACUAGACAGUCCACAUAUCCGCUGAGUCCACAUUCGCAUCCGCCUACGCCAACGUGGACGACGGAGACACCGCCAUAUGCCACGAAUCUCGCAUCGCUGAUGUCGGCCAACUCGGUAACGUUAUCGCCGGCGCCGUCCGUGGAUAGUCAGUCGGGCUCACCCAGCCACGCGACCGAUGCGAUUCAAACGCAAGUCUACAAGAGCGAGUCCUCGGACGAGGACAACACUCACCAGGUAUCGAGUGGCAACAGCAGCCCACCGGCCACGCCGACCGCCCUGACGGCACAGAGACUCAGCGAGGUGAGCGUCAAAGAUCAACCGAGUCCAACGUUACCGCACCAGAUGAUGCCGCUGACACCCGGUGCCUUCCGGUCGACCGCCAACGUGACCAGAGAGUUCUUCCCCAGCGAUUCGUCGGAACCCAAUACUAACGGAAGACUGCUCUGGGACUUCCUUCAGCAAUUGCUGAACGACCCCGGGCAACGGUACCAGCAUUACAUCUCGUGGAAAAGUCGGGAAACCGGCGUUUUCAAGAUCGUCGAUCCACCUGGUCUAGCGCGACUCUGGGGCAUCCAGAAGAAUCAUCUUUCUAUGAAUUACGACAAAAUGAGCAGAGCUUUACGUUAUUACUACCGCGUGAACAUACUUAGAAAAGUCCAAGGCGAACGACAUUGUUAUCAAUUCCUACGUAAUUCGGUCGAGUUGAAGAAUAUCAAGAACAUAUCAUCGUUACGCCAUCAGAUGCGAAUAAAGUCGGAACCAGAGGAGGAUAAGGCUUUCUUCGAAAGUCCCGAGGCCGAGCCGGAAGCGGAUAUGCCAACGGAUCUCUCGAUGUCCAGCAUGAACCAGCCGUCGAGCGAGCAACAGCAGCAGCAGCAGCCCCUAUCGCUACACGACCCACCUGCCAAGUACAGAAGUCACGCGUACAAUCUCAUUAAGACCAAUCAGGAACCGGAAGAGAGGAAGUGACGCGGGACCUAGCGAUGGUAGGAACGCAAUGAUCGUGCGUAAUCGUUAAUCGCACUAUGGCAAACUGGGAACCAGCGGCGAAAUGACCUCGACGUAAGAAAAGUUCCGCAUCAGCAAUCGAUCGACGGAUUGUGGAGUGAAAUUGGAGAUUGAUCAAGCGAGCAUCGACUCCGUCCAAUUCGUCGGUUUGUGAAUAAGAAAGUGAUACCAUCUGCACAAAGACACGCGAAAGCUUUCGAAAUGAGAAAAGAUAGAAUCCGAAAAACAUAAUUCGGGACAAAGCUCGGGAAAAUAUGACGACGAAGACAAGAUCUAAUCUCUGAAGUCAAUAAUUAUUGAUGUAGAGAAAUAUGCCGAUUUUUCCGAAUGCAAUCAUUAAUAUAUAAAUAGUGUAAGACGCUUGAAAUGUAAAUUGCAGAACAAAACGUGAUAAAAGCUAUGAUCUUGAGAAUGUUAUGAGACUUUUUGAGAAUAAGCGUCAGAAGAUAAAUGAGCAAUCAUGUUUGUUCAAUAAGCAGAGGUACAUUGACGCUCUAGGGAUGAGGGAUUCUUUAAAGACCAAGAAAUUUAAAUUUUAUGCUCUAUUUUGUGCCCAAUUCUCUAUGUGUUUGUCGGGGAUACAAAGUUGCAAUCGUGCAAGAAUUCUCUCCAUUUUCGUCGUUAUAUGUAAGAGUGUGAUAAGAAGCGCAAGAAAAGUAGCCCCUCAUGAUGCAAAUCGCUCCCUGCCCUACCCUCCGCUCUCAUAUGGAUUCGUGUUGAGUGUCGAUUAUAACGGACGCUUCGAUACGAAGCUGAAAUCUUCUGAAAUAUUUCGCCUUAUUCCUUUUCGCGCUUCCUCCUCAGGACGAAUCAUACUGGGUAAUUUGUUUUCCACUUUACAACGACGAGAUGUGUAUGAAACGUAUGGUCUUGGGUGCAAUCCUUAAGAAAUAUACACACGACGAUUCAAUGUACAAAGAAUGCCAGAAAGAAAACUGUUACCAGAUCUUUCUUUUCUUACGCGUUUCUCUUUUUCUCCUAUUUUUUCUUAAUUUUAAGUAUAUGUUCUGUGAUGUGCGAUUUUAUUUUUUUGGCAAAAUAUAGUCCAUGUCCAAAUAUAAAGUCGGUCCCAGAAGAGAGACUUUAUUUGAUUUGAGACAGUCAUUGUAAAUGCAUCACAGAAAAAUUACGUUAUUAACGUUCCCAUAGUUUCUGGAAUACGAAGAGCUUGACAAAACAUCGUUUCACGACAGUUCAAUAAUUAUGUGUGUACAUUUACAACAUAGAUCAGAUUGUAAGAAUUCUGAAAGAAAGAUUCAACUAGAUUUUCUCAGGCUCUUACCGUAUAUGCGCCGAAACGGUUCUCCGUUACAUAUUUGUGCCAAGAAUAUUUGCCGUUUGAUAAGAGGACAUUUUAUGUAUUUAGUCGAUUGUUCCAAAAAAAAACUCGGUAUGUCACGAUUUUGGAACCAAUAUUGUGUAUCCCUUGUGUACGCUCAAUGUACGCGUUAUAUUAAGAAUGCGCCAUUGAGUGUCGUAUAAUCGAUCAUACGUUGUAUCGAUCAUACUGUAUAUAAAGUGAAUAAAUGAAUUGUAAAUGCGAACGAAAGAUAAAUUGAAUAUUAAGAGUAGUGCAAGAAUUUUAUGGAAAUUCGGGGCCAGAGCUAGAAUAAAUAAAUUUAUCUAUAGAAAAAAAAAAUAUAUAUACAUAUAUUUUACUAUCAAAAUUUAUAUUCGAAAUUUCUAUGUUUGUUGCUUGUGUGAUUGUGGCUUACAUUCCACGACUCUUUAUCCGAGGUUUAUCUUGACGAGAUAAACCACGAAAGUCCGCAGGAGAGGUAGAGAAAACGUGAGAGGAAACAAGACGCAUAUACAAUUAGGAAACAGAUUUUAAGAAGAUUGCUAAUUGUAUUUUUGCACUUGAAGAUAUAAAAAUAUAAAAUUUGAGAAAGCAUGAGGGAAUGAAAGUAUGAGUGUGAGCGCGAAAGAGCAUGAAUGAGACAAGUAUGACAUAAAAUGACAUAUUGAGAAAUAUAUCUGGCUUCUUGUAUACUGUGAUCUCUAUACUAUAUAAUGCAGAGAGUUACAUAGUUAAAUAGGAAUUAUUAUCUAGAUAAAACAUGGGUGCAUGUUAUACACAUCUAGAUGAAAUGUCUGUCUAGAAAUUGCGUGAUGUUAUCAAGAUAUAUAAGAUAUAUAUAUCUAUAGACACGCACGCACACACACAUACACACACACACACACACACACACACACACACAUACACAUGUAUAUGUAUUAUAUAUCUUUAAUAUAUAGUAUGUAGUAUAGUAUGUAUAUCUACAUAUAACAAAAAAUAUGUAUUGUAUGUACUAUAUAUUAAAGAUACAUAUAUCAUUUUAUAGAUAUACGUCUUUUCUCUUUAAAAUCGUGUAAAUAAUUUAACAUGGACAAAUGUCAGAAGAACGGAAGUGUUUAUAUAUAUAUAUAUAUAUAAAUGUGUACAAAUAUAUAUCUAUAAAUAUAUUUAUAUAAAUAUGUAUAUAUAAUAUAUAAAUAUAUUUAUAUAUAUGUAUUUUAGAUACAUAUAUUAUGUAACAGCGUAUAUGAAGACAUAAUAGUAGUGUGAAACAAUGCAUAUUCGUCGAGAUUGGAGAAGUUUAUAUAUCGUUUCGCGUGUAAAAAAUAUGUAAAAUUCUAGAAAUUAGAGCUGUUUUAUUAUAUAAGUUGUUAUAUGAAGAGUACAUAAAAUAAUGAAUGUUGUAAAUAUAGACUUAUUUAGUUAUUAA